GAGUCAGUGACCUGCUCCCGUGGCCGCUUGUACUUUAUUAUUUUAUUUUAUAUACUAUAUAGAACCGUCACCCUCCCUCUCUCUUCCACCACAUCCAGUUCAAAUUUCAAAAUCCUUCUCCGACCCACGCCGACGCCGCAGCCAUGAGGAAGGCGAGAGCGGCGGCCGCCCCCAAGCCGAAGCCGAAGGCGAGGCCCAGGGCGGCGCCGAAGCCCAAGGGGACGCCGAGCCCCGCCUCCCUGCUCUCCGGCGGCUCCUCGCCGUCCGCCGCCGGCACGCCGCCGUCGCCCGCCGCCGACCUCAGCUUCCUCUCGCCCUCGCUCUCGCCGGAGAAGCCCAGGACCAGGGGCUCCCCGUCCCCGAUCGCCUCCCCCGCGGCGGCCUCCCCGCUCGCCGCCCCCGCUGCCCUGUCCACGAUCGGCGACCUGCGGAGCCUCGCCGCGUCCCACCUCGACUCCCUCAAGCGCCGCAUCGACGCGAUCCACGGCGACUCCGUCCGGGACCUCGAGGCGUCCCACUCCCGCCUCUCCAAGCGCGUCAAGAUGCAGACGCAUGGCUGCGUGCAGCUGGCGGAGGAGGCGGACAAGGAGCACAGGAAGGUGGCCGACAAGAUUGCCGAGCGCGCCGAGGUGGUGAAGAACUCGUACAAGAAGUUCGUGGCUGAGGUGCAGGCAUCUACAUCUCGUGUGUGCAAGGUGACUGUCACUGAGAUGGCAAAGUCGGCGGAGAGGGCUAUUGAUGGCUUGCGCAGUCGCUAUAACAUCUCGGCUACACUCGCUUAGUCGGCAGUUCAUGCUCGUGGUAACGCUCACUGAGUAGGCACGGUGCGCCGUUAUCUGCAUCAAGUGGGCUCAGCUGUUGAAUUCUUCGGCUUCACAGAAGGGGCACGCACAUCUGUACAUAACAGUUGAAUGACACAUCAUAUAGUUCUUAUGCUACGGUCUCAGUUUUAGAUAUGUCAAAAAAUCGAUUCUCGGGCUUCCGAUCCCUAGAACUUGCUUCUGAUUCGCGACGUUUCUUGUGCAUCCUGUAAGGUUCUACUGUCGGUGUAGCUCCUAGGAUGUGAACCUCGAAGGCUCGAAGGGUUGGGUCAGAUGUCUUCUGAAGAAUGUUCAAGAAUCGCUGUUCUCAGUUGGGAAGGGGCCAUCUUCUGCUAA